UUUUAGGUAAAUUUAUUUUCUUUGAAGAAUAUAGGUUUCUGUGUUCUUUUCCUCUGCGUAAUUAACAUGAUUUUGGUUCAAUUAUAUUAAUUUAGUUAAUUUUCAGCUGCUUGAAAUUAUUUGUGUAGUAAAUCUUCUGGAGCAACCUUUGUGCUUUUUUAGUGAAAUUAUUUUUGAAUUAUCUAAAUAGAAACAAAUAAAUAUUCCAAAAAUCAUGAAAUAGUUAUAGUGGAAAAGGCUUGUGAUAUCAAUUAUUUUGUAUAGUUGAUAGCAAGAGGUGGAUCAAAGUUUUAUCAGUAUUGAAAGAUUGAAAAUGUCUGAGGGGGAGGUUAAAAAAGUUUCACGUCAAGAUAUACAACUGGUGCAAAAUCUGAUAGAAAGAUGUCUACAGCUUUAUAUGAACCAGGAGGAAGUUGUCAAAACCCUCUUACAUCAAGCAAAGAUUGAGCCUGGUUUCACGGAGCUUGUGUGGCAGAAGCUUGAAGAAGAAAACCCGGAAUUUUUCCGGGCAUAUCAUUUAAGGUUGAUGUUGAAGGAUCAAAUAGAGAGAUUCAAUGUUUUGCUUGAGAGACAGGUUGAUGCAAUGCAGAUGUAUCCAACUGGAUCAAUUCCCAUGUCUAAUGGAUCUCAGAUUCGACAAAUCCCACAGAACUCAACAUGUCAAACAACAGAUCAUGCUGGACCUAAUGUGAAGCCUGAGAAUGUGCACCAGACUGUUAAUGCCAAUUUAUCUCAUGUAUGUACUAACGGUGCGUCCUCGCUCCAACCAUGUAUGCAAACUGCUACUGAUGUGUCUGCUCAUGCAAGAAGAAUUGAUGCAUCCUCAAACAUGAUAUUGGCUCAGAGCUCAAAUUUGGGAAUGCUGCAAGGGGUGAGAGGGGAGAUGAUCAAAUCAGAAGCUGGUUAUUCAGGCAAUUUACCAUUCCUGUAUGGUACUGAGACAAAUAUCCUCGAAGCUCAUCCUGGAAUUACAGAUCCAUCUGUUUCAUCUUUCAGCAGUGUAGAAUCAAAUUCACAACCAGUAAAUGAGACUGUAUUAGAUGCUGAUACAUCUUCAUUUGGUUUCUUGGGGCAGAUUCCUCGAAACUUUAGUUUGUCGGACUUAACAGCUGACUUUUCCAACAGUUCUGAUAUUUUGGAGAGCUAUUCUGGAUCAGCCUACCUGGCAACGGAUGUUAACAAUUUCCUGGAUCCACAAGGUCGGAGAGAAUAUCAUGCAGACAUUAAAAGGUUGGAUGCUAUAUCUGAAGGCUUGAGCUUCGAAGAUUUUGCCAGUGAUUGAAUGAACAUUCAGAUGGUACAAUUGCUCCUGGAGUAAAAAGGUUUUGUAAAUAGGAUUGCGAAAGGGAGAAUGAUUUGAGCCCUUCUGAAUGUAUUAGUUGGUCACUUUCAACAUAAUUAUUUAAUCAUUAUGGUUGACAUGCCUGUUGUUCUGGGAUAAGCAGGAAAUAAUUUAAGCAAAAGCCUCUUGGAAGUUGGUUCUCCUGCUCAAUCCUAGAAAUAAAGCUGUGUUGCUAGUUUUGUUAAUAUGGUCGUGAUUAAUAAGAUCUGAUGUUUGUAAUUAGUUUCUAUUGUUUUUUUCAAAAGAAAGGUGAAAUUAUGUUUCUCUUUCUA